UUGCAAGGUUAAUGAUUUUUGUUUCUGUGCUCGAAUCUUAUCAAUCGUUCUGACUCGUUAUAAAAAGUACCUAAAGAAAUUAUAAAAAUGUUAAGUUUCAUUACUAAUGAUAGUUAAAGUGAAGAAGUAAUGGUACCUUUGGAAUACUUUCUUGUCGUUUAAAAAUUAUUGUCAGUACUAUAUUUUCUGGAAAAUAGCAAAAUGGCAGAUCAAAUAGACAAUCAACCCAGUCCAGUUCCAAGAAGAUCUGGUAUGCAGUCCAUCGAUUUCUCGCAGGCCAGCAAUUCAAAUGCGUUUUCUUUUCGACCUUUAUCGGGGGGCGAUAAAGUGGGGGUUGCGGCUGCAAACAAUCGCCCCAAAAUGAGCUUGCCGCCUGUGACAAAGGCAAAAGAACCACCUAUAGUGAUACGUGAAACCAAGCUGAAACCUUGCCCCCCUUCGAUGACCUCAGUAGGAAAGCUUCAAAUUAAGGGUCUUAGUUACGACUUCACCUCCGAGGAUCUUCAAGAUUUAGGCGAGAUCGGCCGAGGCGGUUUCGGUACUGUAAACAAGAUGAUUCAUAAGGCGACAGGAACUGUAGUAGCAGUUAAGAGGAUCAGAUCCACAGUCGACGAAAAAGAACAGAAACAGCUGCUCAUGGACUUGGAUGUUAUCAUGAAAAGUAGCGAAAACAAAUAUAUUGUUCAAUUUUAUGGGGCGCUUUUUAAAGAGGGUGACUGUUGGAUAUGCAUGGAAUUGAUGGACACUUGUCUAGACAAAUUUUACAAAUUUAUCUUCGAGAGAUUAAAAACUCGAAUUCCGGAGCCGAUUUUAGGGAAAAUAGCGUUAGCGACUGUAAAUGCACUGAACUAUCUCAAGGAAGAACUCAAAAUCAUCCAUAGAGAUGUAAAACCAAGCAAUAUUCUUUUAGAUAAGAGAGGUAAUAUUAAACUCUGUGAUUUCGGCAUUUCGGGACAGUUGGUGGACUCCAUCGCGAGAACUAAGGAUGCAGGAUGUCGACCAUAUAUGGCGCCUGAAAGAAUCGAUCCUCAAACCGCAAGAGGCUAUGACGUAAGAAGUGACGUGUGGUCGUUAGGAAUAACUUUAAUGGAAGUGGCUACCGGUCAUUUCCCCUACAAGAAGUGGACGAGCGUUUUUGAUCAGCUUCACGAAGUCGUCAACGGCGACCCACCCAGGUUAUCCACUAGUCAUAACGCCAACACUUUUACAGCAGAGUUUGUAGAAUUCGUGAAUACCUGUCUAAUUAAACAAGAAAAUCAAAGGCCGAAGUAUAAACAGCUCCUACAGGAUCCAUUCAUUCUUAGAGCGCAGAGAGAAGAGAUAGACGUGGCAGCUUACGUGACUGAAAUCAUGGACGAAAUGGCGAACAACGGCAUCAGCGCAUUUACCACAAAUCUACAAUGAAAACUAUACAUACGUUCAUAAGUACAUAUAUAUAUAUAUAUAUAUAUAUAUAUAUAUAUAUAUAUAUAUAUAUAUAU